AUUCACGUACUGUUGCGUCUUUUUGACAAAGUGCGCCUGACCUAUGUGAUCAUGACACCUUUAUCUUCUGUCCACCAUACGGCCGAAAAGGAAUGGCCUGAGAAAUCAAGGAACAAAUAUAGCGGGUUACGCCACCAAACGACGCAUACGCUCACGCUCAUUCACAUACACGAGAACCAAAAAUCACACGAGUACACAACUUCACUUUUUCACUGCCGCCGGUCGACACCCCAACAAAUUUGGUUAGCCUUAUCUCGGAGUUUUGGAACAGAAAAAUGUCGAUAGCGAGGAAAUUGGUCAAUGCGGUGGUGUCGAUUGGUGGGUUUGCGGUGGGAGUAGGCGUGUAUCAUCGUUUUGCUGAUGCUGUUCCUACUACGACUACUCAAACCGCACACAAACAAGAGCCUAGACCUAACAAUCUCGAGACACCCAGAGAUGCUGGGGUUGGUGGAGUUGGUGGGAAGCAGACGUCGUAAAAAAAAUAAUUCUGGAGUCGAGGAAGCAUCUUGGUCGACGA